UUUGAUGUCACCAGCUCCUAAUCUGAGUAUGGAUGUGUAAGGUUGCUGCAGCCCAAGCCAUAGCAGAAGAAAGAAGAAGCCAAAGUGGUGUUAGCCCUGUUGCAGUCCAGACCUCAAUAAACAUAAAGACAGCAACGAAACCAGUGAUAGAUGGUUCCAUUCUAAGAACAGAAGAAAGACAAAGACUAGCGAGGGAGCGCAGAGAAGAACGGGAAAAGCAAAACGCUGCCAAAGAGACACAGAUCCUUGAAAAGGAAAGAAAGGCAAAACUUCAAUAUGAAAAGCAACUGGAAGAAAGGCAGAGAAAGCUAAAAGAACAGAAGCAGAAGGAGGAACAACGGAGGGCUGCAGUAGAAGAAAAGAGAAAGCAAAAAAUAGAGGAGGAAAAGGAGCGAUAUGAAGCAGUCAUGCACCGAACCCUGGAACGAAGCCAGCGACUGGAAACACGACAGAAGAGAUGGUCAUGGGGAGGAUCUGUAACUCCGGAUUCAGAGAGCAAAGCAGAACCACAGACUGCAGAUGAAGGUGAAGCUGGCGCCAGCAAGCGGUCCACCUCCACAGCAAACCUCAAACAAACAGAAGCUGGGGUGAAUAAACGUUUAUCAUCAUCUGCAGCACUUCUAAACACUUCUGAUCGAAGUACCACAAAGAGAAGUGCCUCAUUAAACAGACUGAAUAACAAAGUUCCUCUACAGUCUCAGCAGUCAGCACCCAAAGGGUCACAGGUGGAACAGAAAGGAGGAACAGAAAAGAAGAGGAGCACAUCUUUGAAUAGAAUGAGUAGUAAACCCCCUUCCACUCCUGAACUAGAAAAAGUGAAAAAGGAAGAAAAAACAGCUCGUCGCUCCCAGGUCAGUCCUCUGGACAGUAGCGUAAUCAGUCGCCUCCUCGCCCCCACACAGGCCUCCUUAGCUAGGAGUAAAAGUGCUGCUACAUUAUCGGCUGAUGGACAAGAUCCCUCAGAAUCUUACCUCUGUCCUCGUUCAGCUUCAGCCAGUUCCAUCAAUUCCCCAGUCCCAACUCCUAAGGUGCCCGUGCGCAGUCGUAGCAUCGACAGAUUGAAGUCCACUGUUUCUUCAUCUGAUGCAAGCUCACCUGACUCAACACAGAAGUCAGAGACAGAAAAGCUGUCCCCAGGUUCUAGGGUAAGACGUCCUCCGUCACCAUCUCUGCCUGCCCGUAGAAGAUCCCCUUCUCCCGCUAAUUUGGUGAAGCGUCCUCCAUCGCCUUCCACAGCUAGCAGACAAAAUCAGAAGACUCGCCCGCUUUCACCUAGCGUAUCAAAACAGAGGCCACCAUCUCCUACUCCAGUCUCCAAGCCAGCACCCAUCCAACGCCAACCUCUCACACCAGGUGUAAUAAACUUUACCAAAAAGAAAACUGAAGCAGAGAGCAAACCAAAGGAUAAGAGCACAGAAGGAGUGGGGCAAGAGCAAGGUGCUUCACCAGCCUCGGACAAGGAUGCAGUAGCAACUACCACAAAGACCAAAGAAGAAUCAGGUAGCAAAACUAUGGCAGGGACCACCACAGCUGAAGAAGCUUCAAAAAUCUUGGCAGAGAAACGACGUCUAGCACGGGAGCAAAGAGAGCGUGAAGACCAAGAAAGAAUUCAGAGGCAGGAAGAGGAAAGAAUCAAAGAAGAAGAAAUGGCCAAGAGAGCAAUUGAAGAAAAAGCUCGACGGGAAGAGGAGCUUCGCAGACUGGAGGAAGAAAAAAGACUGGCUUAUGAAGAGCAGCAGAGACAAGCUGAGGAGGAGAGGAUUCGUCGAGAACAGGAGGAACAGGAAAAGCUUGCAGAGCUUCAGCAGCAGAGAGAAGAAGCUGAAGCAAAAGCCCAAGAAGAGGCUGAGAGACAGCGGCUGGAAAGAGAGAGGAUUAUGCAGCAAAAUAUGCAGGAAAGACUUGAAAGAAAAAAGCGAAUUGAAGAAAUAAUGAAAAGGACACGAAAAUCGGAUCAAAAUGAAUCAAAGUUGCAGAAUGAAGAGAAGUCUGCCUCCGAGGUCAUUGAGGGAGAGGAUAUUGAAGAGGAGGAAGAGUUGGGUCUUGAGAAAAUUGAUCGACCAGGAAAGCUAAAUGGUGUUGACUUACCCCAGGAAGCCAAGCAGGAGACAGAAAGUUGUUCGGAGAUUGCAUAUAGCUUGACCUCUACAGAAUCUGAGGUCCAAGAUGGAUCAGAGUUGAAACCCAAUGAAGUAUUUAUGAAUGGAAGUGACUUGAGAAGUGAUGAGGGAUCUCUACUAGUUGCUGAAUUAAAGGAUUCCAGCCAUCCUGCAAAAGAAAUGGUUGCUGAUGACUCAGUAAUGUCGAGUGUUAAUGAAGCUGUGCAUACAGUUGGACUUAUUCAGAAUCUUAAUGGAAAAUCCAGUUCAUGGACUUUUGAGGAGUUUAUUGACGUUGGAAUACAUUCCAAGUCAACCAGGCUGAGUUCGGACAGCAUCCCUGCUGAUAACUGUAAUCAAAACUUGAAUGAUGCUGCUACAAUUCCUUCUAGUCCUAAAUUGGUAUUUGAGGAAGAUGGUGCAGUGAAUCCAUUGACCAAACCUGUAGAUGCUUCAUCAGGUAAUCCGAGCUGAUUUCCUCCUUUAUCUCCUCCUCUGGCUAGAUAAUUCACUUUCUUGCAAUUUACUCUCCUUGCCUUAACUUCAGCUUAUCAUUUUCAAGGCACUUUUUUGCAGUGUGUAGGCUGGAAGAAAGCUCUUCCUUUAGUGCUUGUAACUUGCAUUCUGUCAAAAUGAGUCACCAGCUGAUGCCUUUUAAGGGGCUUGSUUUAUACUGUGGCUAAAGCCCAACAUUAAGGCUUUUCCAAAGACACACCUGAAUCCCUGUGAAGCUCCUGUAGCUCUCACCAGCACUGAAGCCCAUCUCUUGUAUUUUAGGCUUCUUCUGAAAUGUCUUAAAUGACACGUUACUUUUGAAGAUACUAACAGUUUAAAAGGUGUCUGAUGUAACUCUUUACAGAUAAGACCUGGCCGCUUUCCCCCUUCUGCUCCUAGGCAUGUUCUCUAACGUUUUGAUACCGAGCUGUGUGGCCUUAGGAGGUUUCUUCAGGCUCUGGCAGGAUCGUAGCUGUCCUUUCCACUUACUGUAGAAUAGCCUUUCCCUUGACUAAAGGGUGUACCACCCUCCUUAAAUUACACAAAGACGGUUUGGUUACAUUUUGGGAGCAGUAAUAGAGCUUCAGAUGCAGUACUCUGAAUUUUCUGCAAGAUGCUGGGUUGCCUCCAAAGCCACUUCCAGUUGAGAGCCCAGAGGCUGAUGCAUACAGGCCAGAGGGGCUUCAGUAUCUAGUUUCCAUAAGACUUACCCAUCUCUGGUGUUGGAGCUGAGCGGACGUGCUCACAGCAGGAGAUCUCUGUCCGGGAGGUAAAUGACUGCGUGAACAGUUGAAAUGAAUGAUAGUGAAAAAAAACAAGACUUGCUCUCCAGUUUUCCUUCAAACCGUAUGUAGCACUUUUUUGAUUAAAGUGUAGCACUUUUCUAGACUGAACUGUUUCUUGAGUCUCCUCUGUCCCUGUGCGUCUUGCAAAUUGUAGUGUGACUCAUGGGCAUAGCCUUCCUGAGCCCUUUCUUGAGGCYGGGCUAUGGCGAGAGAACAACUUUGAUAUUGCUGGUCAUGUUGUGUCUUCUGACCAAAAUCAUUAACUUGUUCAUGGAAAGAAGUGUUACCUUUUAGUUUUGCACUUAAGUAURUUUUGAGAUCAUAUUAUGUAAGAAUUAUGUACACAGCUUCAGGAACUAAUACUCAUAUAUUAGAAAAAUGCUCCUGUGCUGUUUUUUUUAAGUAACUGAGUAGUUCCRUGCCUGGAUGUAGCUUGACAUCAGUGAUAGACUUGCGUGGAACACAAACAGUUGUGAUGGUUAAAUGUUUUCUUUUCUUUGCUCUUUGGACAGAACUGUGAACACUAGAGACCUGGAAAUAUUCUGAUUGCACUUCAGUAAUCCAGUGUUUUAUCAAGUACCGAAGGCCUUGUUUUGAAAAGCUGCUUGUUUACCUUUACCCAUCUUCAAGCUUGCAAAAAAAAUAACAAAACACCAGGGGAGGGAUAACAAAACUCCUAGAUUUGCACCUUGAAAACAUUUCAGGGAGACUCUUUUUGCUGUUGCUCCUUUUCCAUUUGUUUAGCUAAAUGUUGAAUUGAGUUCCUUGUUUAACUAUCACUUGAUUCCCUUUUACAGACUUUCCAUGAGCCUGUUUGGGUCCUUUUAUUUUCAUAUCACUGUACUGUACAGCAGKGUGCCACUGGAGGCUUCCCAGUUAGCUACUGGCCACAUUUUGCAUAGUCCAAAAGAGGCACUUAAUGAAAUAAAAGACUCAUUCAGUGCAUGUUAAAACUGAACUCCAUUUGUAACGGUCUUCUGAAAAACACUGUAGGCGUGUUGGUUCAAGAAGUAUUUAAAAAGGCAAAAUUAUCUUCAAUAUUGAAUUAGGUAGAAAAAUUUCUUACUUCCUAACAAGAAAAUGUUGGCAGUUUCAAAAAAGCAGUACUGUACCAUGACUAAUAUGUUUUAAUCUGUUGGAAAACAUGRAAACGUUUUACAGCAUAUGCACUAAUAUGUUACAAAAAUGUUGAUGCCUGGACAUGUUUGUCAUAGUGCAGUUUAAAAUUUGUCAUUCUUUUAAAAGUGUUUUCCUUUGAAUUACGUAUUUAAGUUUAUCUAUACUCAUGUAAGUAUUAUUUUAUUGUGUACAUAACAGUAUUAGACCCUUGAAGUCAUGUUUUGUUCAUGUUAAUUAUUCAAGUGUUCCUGUGCUAGCUUUAUAACAGUGGCUGCAAACUGCAUAUGCAUUUCCCUUCCUCUAAAGUCUGCAUUAAGUAAUCUAUUUAACCUCAACUCGCCUGCUUUUUCCAGCAUGAAGAGAUUAACUGUACAUCUUCUGAAAAAAGGGCUGCUACUAAAAGUAGUAAUGCAGCCUUCUUCUUAUGUCUUCUGUAACAGAGAGAUUGACUAAAUGAUUAAAGAAUAGCUGUUUCAAAUCCUGCUAAAAACYGUUGGCUCAUACUUCAAGUCAAAUGAAUUAUCCCGAAUGGCAGCUGUGUUUUCAGUGUUCAGAUGCAAAUAUUUUUGCUGGAACUAAAUGUGUUCUUUCCUCAACGCCACGUUACAAUAGGAACCCCCCUCCCCAUCUUACCCUCAGCCUUUGCUACUCAGAAUAUGGUAGAACUGUUUUAGACUUAGAGCAGUGCCUUAGGUAAAAAGACAACUGUAUUUUUAUAUGAUAGCUGUUUCGUUCGGGCAGAGACAAUCAUUCUAACAAACGAGAUGCUGAUA